GCUGUUUGGCUUUGGGUGAACUUGGUUGAACACAUUACCACCUCAUAUAUUGCUUUUCCUUCCCGCCCCCCUUCAGCUUCCUUUUAGUUUUUCUGCAUUUUUUGUCUUAUUGGCCUCAUUGGCACCUAGCUUUUUGUUUAUUCGUCCUCGGCGUAUCUCACCAUUUGUCUCGAAGAGCAUCCCGCUUCUCCCACGUCAAUAGACACGUCCAACCAUGAAGGGCACAGCUUGCCUUUCACCAAAGGAGCUCCCAAUCUAAAAGCAAGACGCAACACGAUGCUAUCCAUUCUGAAUCCUCAUGAUCACUACAAUUCGCUCCUCUCCUUCCUGCCGUUCUCGCGGUCAGAAACACAGGCCGAUACGUCCGGUCAAUGCAUUGCUUCUUCCAAAGAAGUCUUUUCGUUCCGGGCCUAUCUGGAAAGUCUAGCGUCGGUAGCUGUAGUCACAGUGCGCGCAUAUGCACACUAUGCCGCGAAAUUUGUACCACACGAAUGGGCUGAGACCGUGGAGGGUGUACUGCCCGCAGAAGUUGCGAGACUUUUGAAAGGACUACUCUCCGAGGACCCUAAUGGAAGCAUCAAGGUCGAGAGUAUAUCCUUUGAUGAGGAGAAUGCCGUCAAGCAAAGUCUAGACGCCACCAGUGCAUCCAAUGUAGUGGAAAUACCCGAUUCUGUGACAGAAGCUGCGCGAAGGCUGGACCACAAUGAUCUUGAUGCUGAACCUCCACCUUGUCCGGCUAGUAGCCAUACUGUAGAACAACAGAAAUCAUCUGCGAUUCCUCAUGUCCAACCUUCCCCAUGCAAAAAGCCAACGAUCCCUCGGUUUUAUACCCGCUCGAGACCGUGUAUGAAAGCCAAGUUGCAGUCGUUAAUGGACACAUUGCAGCCAACGUUUAUGACUCCAGAUGGAAAGCUGGAGAAAGCGCUUUCCGAACGGGAAUUCCUUCCGGUAACCGAAGGGUGCGGGCUUCCAAGAUACCUCAAUGCUAGAAUGUUUCAGAGGAUGCAAUGUCAUCCCCCGUCUGUGACCUCGGUGGAUGCGUUGGAACAUGAGAAGGGACUUGCAGCUAUUGCUUGGUCGGACUUUACGAGGAACUGGAGAAAACUUUACACAAAGUACGACGGUAAUAUCGAUUCCCUCACUUUUGACCUCUUGUUACCGACUGGUCAGGGCCGCGCGUACCUUGUGCCUGCUGAUUUUGAGGUCGUCGUUCGAGAAAUCAUCGCCGCGCACCCAUCGUUCGAUUUCCUCCGCUCCUCACCGAUAUUUCAGGAUCGCUACGUUGAGACUGUUAUUGCCCGCAUCUUUUAUAUCAAACCCACACCAGCGAAGCAUCGUAUGACACUUCGCGAAUACCGCAAAAUCAAAUUUUUGGAUAUGCUAAGAGGAGUUGAAAAUGCGGAUACGUGCCUUGGUCUCUCCAUGCCUCCGCCGUUCUCCUAUAAAGAUUUUUACGUUGUUUACUGCCGGUUCUGGGAGCUGGAUACUGACCGAGAUAUGCUGCUAACCUCCGCUGACUUGGAACGCUACAGUCAAGGAGCGUUGACUCGCCUUGCCUGUCGAAGAGCGGUGGAUUUGUAUGGCACGCGGGUGGUUGUCCAUGAUCCGGAAGAAGGCAUACCUGAUGCGAAUGUGCGAAAGGGCAACAAUGAGGAAAGCUAUCUCGUGGAAGAGAAAGCCUUCACGUUCACGGAUUUUGUCACAUUUCUUCUGGCCGUUGAGGAUAAAACGACACACGCUGCCAUUGAAUACUGGUUUCAUGUUUUGGACUUGGACCAAGACGGAUGCUUAUCCCUUCUGGAACUGGAAACUAUGUGGGCAUGGCAAAAGAAUCGAUUGCUCGACUUUGAGGCCUACAACCUAGUCGACUUCUUCAGCGUCUUAAUGGACAGCCUCCAUGGGAAAGCCAGUUCUGCUCCAAUAAUCACCCUUUCGGAUUUAAAACGAGCACCCCACGCCGCCGACAUGGUUUUUAACUUGCUGUUUGAUGCGCGGAAGAGGGAGGAAUGGGUCCGACGAACAUGUGAUGCUGGCUAUCGAAUGGCUGACGAGGUGUGGCUUGAUAUUGGGAAGGGCGAAACGAUAUGGUGGGAGUAUGGUACAAGUGAGCGAGAUGGGGCUACAAAAAUCCGCCUCGAGGGCUGGCCAAAAUUUGUCGAAGUGGCCUAUCGCGAACUAUUAGGUGCCGAAACUACCGAUGAAGAGGAAGAUGAUACAUCGUCCGUCUCGUCUUUUGCGAGCGAUCGGUGGGUUGGCGGGGACGAGUGAAAUAAAAAACUAGUUUUGCCACAAUUUUAAGGACGUGUUUGGGUAGAGUGGGGGAAUUUCAACAAGGCGUUUGUUUUAGUCAACUUUAGCGUUUUCAGUGUAGUGUAUUAUAGUACAGUAGUCAGAAACAGUCUUUCUUUUAAAAUUCUAUACUCUCGUUUUGA